AGAUGAAGUGAUUGAGAAGAAACAGUGAACAUCUUUAUUUUGUAGACAGAACAACAUGGAUCAGCCAUUUACUGUGAAUUCUCUGAAAAAGCUAGCUGCUAUGCCUGACCACACAGAUGUUUCCCUAAGCCCAGAAGAGCGAGUCCGUGCCCUCAGCAAGCUUGGCUGUAAUAUCACCAUCAGUGAAGACAUCACUCCGCGCCGCUACUUUAGAUCUGGAGUAGAAAUGGAGAGAAUGGCAUCUGUGUAUUUAGAAGAAGGAAACUUGGAAAAUGCCUUUGUUCUUUAUAACAAAUUUAUAACCUUGUUCGUAGAAAAGCUUCCUAGCCAUCGAGAUUACGAGCAAUGUGCAGUACCCGAAAAGCAGGAUAUUAUGAAGAAACUGAAGGAGAUUGCAUUCCCAAGGACAGAUGAAUUGAAAAAGGACCUUUUAAAGAAAUAUAACAUAGAAUACCAAGAAUAUUUGCAAAGCAAAAACAAAUAUAAAGCCGAAAUUCUCAAACAACUGGAGCAUCAGAGAUUGAUAGAGGCAGAAAGGAAGCGGAUUGCUCAGAUGCGCCAGCAGCAGCUAGAAUCGGAGCAGUUUCUGUUUUUUGAAGAUCAACUCAAGAAGCAAGAAUUAGCCCGGGGUCAAAUGCGAAGUCAAGAAACCCCGGCCCUGUCAGAGCAGAUCGAUGGGAGCGCUUUGUCCUGCUUUUCCACACACCAGAACAAUUCCUUGCUGAAUGUAUUUGCAGAUCAACCUAAUAAAAGUGAUGCAACCAAUUACGCUAGCCACUCACCUCCCGUGGACAGGGCCUUGAAGCCAGCUGCUGCUCUAAGUGCUGUUCAAAAUUUAGUGGUUGAAAAACUGCGAUGUGUAGUUUUGCCAAAAGAUCUUUGCCACAGAUUUCUGCUGCUGGCAGAAUCUAACACAGUGAGAGGAAUAGAAACCUGUGGAAUACUCUGUGGAAAACUGACGCAUAAUGAAUUUACUAUUACCCAUGUCAUCGUGCCAAAGCAGUCUGCGGGACCAGACUAUUGCGACAUGGAGAAUGUAGAAGAAUUAUUCAGUGUUCAGGAUCAAUACAGUCUCCUCACUCUGGGAUGGAUCCAUACACAUCCCACCCAAACUGCAUUCUUGUCUAGCGUGGAUCUGCACACUCACUGUUCCUACCAGCUCAUGUUGCCAGAGGCUAUUGCCAUCGUCUGCUCACCAAAGCAUAAGGAGUGA